AUGUCCUCUACUACUCCAUCUACGUCGUCAUCAAACGACUAUAAAUGUUCUGCAAACCAUGUUCCUAAUACCUGGAGUGAGGACAUGGUGACCUCAGACUUAAGAGCUGAAACGAGUAUUUCACAACUUUUAGAAAAUUCACCUCUUCUUUAUACCCCUACUUUAUCGUCUACUGUUACUUCCCCUGAUUUAAGGGAUACUUUAGAGGCAGACGAUGAUGAGAACCGUAUACCGCCAACUGGUAUUUUCACAUUACAAGAUUUAAUUAAUAUAGAAGAGUUACGAAAACUUGCGGCAGGCAACGAUUGUAUGUUCUCUAGAACGACAAAUAACUCCACAACUCUACCAAAUUUGGCUCCUUCAAUAACGCCAAUGAAACCGAUCGCUCCUGCCUUGUUUAGUCCUAUUUCUGCUAUAUCUUCUUCUACAUCUGAAGCUGAUCCUUCUGAACAACGUCAAUCUUCAACUAAUAAUGUAACGACUGAUGAAAAAAAGAAAUCAGCUGGUGGUCGUAAAAGAAAAGCCGAAAGUCUAGAAGAAAAAGAGCAGAGGCAACGUGAAAGAAUACUUCGAAAUCGUCAUGCUGCUCAAAUGUCUAGAGAUAAAAAACGGCGGCAAAUGGCAGAUUUAGAAUCACAAAAUACUAUUCUUAAAGAAGAGAAUGCCCAUCUAUCAAAACGUCUAAAAGUUGUUGAAGAAGAAAAUGCAAAUCUAUCAGCAAAACUUGACUCGAUUUCAGCUCAACUUGCUGAAAUUCAAUCACAUUUAGCCGUAUCCGAGAUGAAUAAAGUCCUCCUUGAUGGUGUUCGCGGAUCUGCAGUAUCCGCGGCCUCGGAAAAAGAUACUCUUGAUUUCUCUAAUAUUAAGGAAGAUAAUAAUGCAGCGGCCCGUCAAGACGAGGAACCUUUACGGGAUGUCGUCGAUAACCCCUACCUUUCCGAUUUGGAUGUGUCCUCCUCAAAUGCUGAAGCAACUAUUGCUGACCUUCUCGAUAGUUUUCUGGACUACGACUGGUCAGCAGAAGAAUUUUCUGCUAUUCAGCAACAAUCAAAUGAAAAGCGUUGGUCGAAAUCCGUAAAGGCUGUACGUGGUUGUGGUGCUUCUGGUUUGAAGCGCGCUCCACGUGAUUGGAGGAAAUACCCACCAUAA